AUUUUUGUGAGGUUAAAUGUAGUGCUGUUGUUAUUUGAAACUGUCGUGGUAGUAAAGUACAAAAUUCUAAGUUUUAACAAAAAACAGAUAUCUCGGGUUUAUCCUCAAUGAGAAAAUAAAACGAUUUCAGCUUCAACUAUAAUCGAAAAUAAUAACGGUUGAAUCGACUAGUCUCGGUCCUCUUAUUUCCGCUGUUUUAAAAUAAAAACCUCGAAAUGUUUACACCAUGAAGGCUAGGUUGAUCGGAUGGUGUCAGACUGUAUACUAGUAAGUUUGUCGGAGGUGGAAAGCGCCGAGUCGGAACAUUUCCUGCGACCUGCCGGUGCAGGGUUCAACUAGAACCAGUAACGACGCCCUGCAGCGCUCUACCGGCGGAAGCCGAUUAAUCAACAUUCUGCAGAACAGGAACAGCUGACCCGUCCGGCACUGACCGUCGCCAGUCACCAACUUCCCCGGGAUCCGCCUAAUUUGGAGCCCAUGUGUCACUCGAACGCGUUAAUUUAACUGUUCCGGCUCAGCUUCGGGUCGUUCGUCUGUUAUGCCAUUCCGCGGUCGAUGUGAAACACGGCCUAAUCGCCUUUUCGGUCUACCUGCACACGGCCAACUUGUAAUGGAAUUUAGCUGAGAAUGAAUAUUUUCCCGGGGUCUCUUCUGCUCCUGCUCAUCCUCGUUUUAAAAAGACCAUGGAUCGCCUCCGCCUCCCUCGGAAACUCGUUUCCCACCUACAAGACCUGCGUCGAAAUAUGCAGAAUGGAUCUCUGCGACAAAGCUGGUUAUUAUUAUUCGAAGCGGGACCUGAUUCCAUUGCCACUGCUGCUGCUUUGGAAAUGCUCAGACGACUGCCAGUACAGAUGCAUGUGGGGAGUGGUUAGGCUGUUUGAAAAUAAAGGGUGGCCAUCGCCUCAAUUUCAUGGAAAAUGGCCGUUCAUCAGGUUUUUAGGCGUACAAGAACCUGCAUCGGCCUUGUUUUCGAUCAUGAACUGCUGCAUGCACAUCAAGAUGAUGGUUUCAUGGCUCAAAAAGUAUGAAUCCAAUGUGCCAAUGUUCAAAAUCUGGAUUUGCUAUGGACUGAUAUCAAUUAAUGGAUGGCUUUGGUCAACCAUAUUUCACACUAGGGAUACACCGUUCACAGAGCUCAUGGACUAUCUUUCAGCAUUUGCUAUUGUUUUUUCUGGAGCUUAUGCAAUGGGAAUGAGGAUUUUGAUCGGAGCAAGGAAACGAUAUUCUGUGAUAUAUACUGUUGUAUGUUUUCUGUUCUUUUUUAAUCAUGCUCUCUACUUAUCCUCAGGACCAUUUGAUUAUGGUUACAACCUUUUUGCAAAUGUUUUUGUCGGUGUCCUUUCUGCAGCAUUGAGUGGCAUUUUACUUUUAAAGAACCGUCAUCUUCCUCAUUGUAAAAAUCUUUUUAUCGCAGUUUUCGCCCUCCUUUGCUGUAUGUAUUUUGAAAUUCACGAUUUCCCGCCGUACAUGUGGGUUUUGGACGCACAUGCUUUAUGGCAUCUCUGCACAUGUCCAGCAAUUUAUUUCUUCUGGAGGUUUGUCAUCGACGACACGAGGUACCUACAACGAACUCAAACGUACAACAAAUUGUAAAUCGGCUCUUAAAACUAAAACAGUCAAUUUUAAUGCAAUCAAAAUAUUAUAUAAUAAUAAUUAAAUUAUGUUUAAUUCAAAAUUUUAACUGUUUAUAUAGUGUAUUAAAUUUUUAUAUAUUUUAUAACUCUUUAUACAUAAGUCUUAAGACAGGGUCUAGGACUUGAUUUUUUUCUGCUAGAAAAGUUUUUAGUUUAUCUUAGAAUAUAUUUAACAAAAGCUAGAACAAAUUGUUAAUCACAUAGUAAUUUCCAUUUAAGUGAAUUUUCAACUUUAUCUUUAAAUAUUUAUGAAAAUGUUAGUAUGCAAUACCAUUAAAGUGAUAAAUGGUAAAACUUUAAAUAAAAUUGAUAGCUUGAUUCUUAUUUUAUAAUUGAUUUUUAAACACUUUAAGAUUAUUUUUUUCUUAUAAAUUGUGUUUUUGUUGAACAAAUCUUUCUCAUUUUUUACAGCAGACCAGUCGUCAACUGAAAAAUGUCGUUAAUACUUGUUUUUAAAAACAAACAAAAAACCGUUCAAUCUCGAAAGUGCAAUACAAUGUGCCUUAUGUUAAAAUUUCAUAUAUUUUAUAAAUUUUUACAAUCAUUUGUUGUAUUUUAAAAAAAUCCUUAUUAUAAAAUGUUAUUGUUCAAGUUUAAACUGACUAGAUUUAAAUUUCCGUUAAUUUUAACAAUAAAAUGUGUUGAAGGAUGUACAAUGUUUUUUUUUUUAACUAUUUACAAAUACAUUUUUGGAAUUAUUAAUCUUCUCG